AUGAGAUGGAAGAUUGGGUGUGGUAGCUCAUUGUGCCCAAGUGUCGUUUGUAAAAUCUACUCGCCGCCGGAAGGAAGAGGUGGCUCGUACCUCCGUCAGUUCCAUUCGUCUGUUGUCCGUCCGAUCUAUUCGCCGCCGUCCAGUGUGCAUCAAAUUUUUUCUCCUGGAAAGAUAGUUGGCUUGAGCUACUCCACUGAUGGAAAGAAGAAGGGGAAGGAUGAUAAUGGAAAGGAAGGUGGAAAAGAAGAGAAGGAGAAUGCUAAGGAAGAAAAAGAGAAGGAUCCAAAGGAAGAAGGAAAGAAGGAUAUGAAGUUAACAGCUAUGCCAUGUUUAUUUGAUGCAUCUGGUGACUUCAAAGCAUUGCUGAUUGAUGUCUUGCACAUAUUCUUGGUUUUUCUUGGCAAAUACUUUCCGAAAUUGAAUGCUUUAUAUGGCUCCUUGGUGACAUUGUUGAACAAGAUGAGAGCUGAGUUUGUUCUAAGAAAUACAGGGAAAGUCUUGGAGACCAAAGAGUUUGAUGGAACUACUGGCUCCUUCGAAAUUGCAAAAGUCAUUGUGGAUUUUGUAAUUGAUGGGUUGAGUUGGAUAAUCAAAGAGCUGUGGAAAUAUGUGAUUGCGAUUCUAAGCACUUUAGCACUUUGGAAGUAUUUUGCUGGUUGGGAUUCCAAAACAUGA